AUGGCUAUCAUCGUAACUGCUCUCGUGGCCCUUUUGGCAAUCGUUGGUGGCGCUUUGUUCCCCGCUGGGCGAACCUUCUACAGGCUACAGCAAGAGAACAGGGGGUUGCAAUACACGGCCGACUCAUCUUGCAAGCUUGUGCAAGACCCCUUGUUACGCGGAUGCGAGAACGGCGCGCUUCAUGCAGCGUCGGGACAGGUUUUCUUUGCCUGUGCGGUGGAUCUUGAAACAAGGUCGAAAUGGUUUCCGCCCGCCCACCUUCUUGAUCGUGAGGCCGCUAAGGAGCCCAAAGGCGCCAUAGUCGUUCUUGAUUUGAAGACGACGAAAGCCCGCAAACUCGACCUCCACAACUUCACCCCAUCCUUCCACACCUUCGGCAUCGGCAUCGCGCCCUCACGCUCCGACCCCAAAUCCAUCAUCAUCUCCGCCGUUAACGUCGGACUCGAUGGCAACUCGAUCGAGACCUUCACCCAUAAAAUCGGCGAUAAGCACGCGACGCAUGUCAAUACCUUCCGCGAUGAGAAACUGCUUCAUUCGCCGAAUGAUGUGGUGCCAAUUGAUGAGGAUAGCUUUUACGCGACGAAUGAUCGGAGUAAGGCUGCGGUUGGGUCGCUGGCGUGGGGGAUUGUGGGUAAUUUGGGGUGGUCGAAAGCUGCUACCGUUGUGUAUAAGGGCAAGGACGGGAAGGCCAGAGUGGUAGCAGAUAAGUUCACCCUCGCGAACGGGAUCACAACUUCCGCCGAUCAAAAGCACGUCUAUGUGGUCGACACCAUGGCGGCCAUCGUCAAUGUGUACGAGCGCCGACACAACAACGGUCUCCGGUUGAGAGAUACGAUCGAAGUGCCGGUGCUUGGGGACAAUGUGGCGGUGGACGGUUCCACCGGCGCCAUCUACGUGUCGGGGGUGAUCGACAUUAUGGGAUGCCUCAAGGACAUCCCAAUGAAAUCUCCGUGCCUCAGCGGGGUCGUUAAAGUCACCAACAACACAGGCUCAGACCAACUCUACGGCAAAAAGUUCAACGCAGACGUCGUGCACACCGAGUUUGAUCGCGUGGUGCCUGCCGGUAUCGCAGCAGUGGACCAUCAUUUGAAGAAGAGCUUUGUGGCGGGGUGGCAUGGGGGCGUAGUUGUUUGUGAUAAGGUGUUUUGA